AUGGUUCACAAACAUCACAUAGAAGGUUACGAGAAUUUUGUGGAAUUCUUUAAAAAUUUUAAUGCAAAUGGACACACGGUACACAUAUAUUUCGGAGGUUCAAAUAAGGGAGAAACUUGGUGCCCCGACUGUGUAAGAGCAUGGCCUGUGAUUACCGAAGUAAUUGAAGAACUUAAAGCUUCUGAUCCCGAAUCGCACUUUGUUCAUGUUGAAGUGGGUGAUAAAUUCUUAUGGAAAGAUCCAAAAUGUCCAUUCAGAACAGACCCAUCUACCAAAUUGAUGACGUUACCCACUAUAAUAAGAUGGAAGAAACCUCAGCGACUGGAAGGCGACAAAUGCGAGAAAAAAGAAUUGGUCCAGAUGCUUUUUGAAGAAGAUGAUUCUUAA